AUGUCGGUGCUGCAGAAGAUCAGCGAGGUGGAGGCCGAGAUCGCCCGCACGCAGAAGAACAAAGCCACCAACUUCCACCUCGGGCUGCUCAAGGCCAAACUCGCCAAGCUGCGCGGCCAGCUGCUCGAAGGCAGCAGCAGCAGCAGCAGCAGCCGCAGCGGCCGCGGCGGCGAAGGCUUUGAAGUUUCCAAAACUGGAGACGCCAGGAUAGGACUCGUGGGCUUCCCCUCCGUCGGAAAAAGCACUCUUCUCAACAAACUCACAGGUACCUUCAGCGAAGUUGCUGCUUAUGAAUUCACAACUCUUACUUGUGUCCCUGGAGUCUUUCGCUACAAAGGCGCAAAAGUGCAGCUUCUGGACCUUCCCGGAAUCAUUGAGGGCGCGAAGGACGGGAAGGGCCGUGGGCGUCAGGUGAUAGCGGUGGCUCGGACUUGUUCUUUAAUUUUGAUUGUUUUGGAUGUUUUGAAACCCUUAACUCACAAAAGAAUUAUUGAAAAGGAACUCGAGGGUUUUGGAAUUCGACUCAACAAGAAACCCCCCAACAUCUCCCUCGUCAAAAAGGACAAAGGAGGCAUUAGCGUGAGCCACAGCGUGCCGCUGACGCAGCUGGACGAAGACACCAUCCGGCUGAUCUGCCAGGAGUACCGCAUUCUGAACGCUCAGGUGUCUGUACGCUGCGACGCGACGGCGGACGAGCUGAUCGACGUGAUCGAAGGCAACCGGCUGUACGUACCGUGCGUGUACGCGGUGAACAAGAUUGACCAGGUCACUUUGGAGGAGCUGGACAUUCUGGAGCAAGUGCCGCACUACGUGCCCAUUUCCGCGCACCUCGAGCUGAACUUGGACGGGCUGCUGGAGAAGAUCUGGGAGUACCUGAGUUUGAUUCGGGUGUACACGAAGCCGCGGGGGCAAAUCCCAGACUACUCUUCUCCGGUGGUUUUGAGCAGCAGCAGCAGCAAAGUGGAGGACUUUUGCUGCCGCAUUCACAAGAGCUUACUGGAGGAGUUCAAGUACGCAGUAGUGUGGGGCAAAAGUGUGAAGCACAACCCGCAAAAGGUGGGAAAAGACCACCAGCUCCAGGACGAAGACGUCGUCCAGAUCAUCAAAAAGUGA